AUUCAACCAAAUCCCACCUAUAAUUUAUUGAUCGAUCCCUUACAGCCAUUGCGAGAUGACUUAGAUAGUGGUAUUUACGACCAAUUUGAGAAGGAUAUCACCAAAUAUGAUCAAUAUGAAGCAGCUAUGGAUUUGGCUAUAGACGAUUUAAUUGGCCAAUAUAUGUUGGAUCCCUUAGUUGUCUUAGUAGUGGGUCCUGGGAAUGGAGGAAUUCUUGAUCGACUCCUCAAGAUAGUUGAAGCUCAUCCUUUAUGCAAUUUUAAAGUAUAUGCUGUUGAAAAGAAUCCCAAAUGUUAUCGAAUUCUAAAGACAUAUAACUCUAUAAAAUGGAAUAAUAAAGUAACUAUUAUCAUGGAUGAUAUUCGAUUUGUAUCACUUAGUUUCCAUCCUCAUUUGAUAGUUUCUGAAUUACUAGGAUCAUUUGGUGAUAACGAAUUAUGUCCUGAGAUACUUGCCCGAUUCAAUACAAAUACAGUACAGAAACCUUGCCUCAUGAUCCCCAAUAGUUAUACUACAUAUUUGCAACCAAUCUAUUCUAAUAUUGAUAUUCCUGGGUAUGAUCAACCUUAUAUAGUUAAUCUUACCAGAUAUUAUCCUAUUUGUGAAUUCCAAGAAGUAUGGACAUGGGAACAUCCUUCAAGUAUUAUUAAUACUACUUUCAGUACCAAAUUGAAUUUUGAUAUUUACAAUAAUGAAGAUUGCGAAGUAACAGGAUUUUAUGGAUACUUUAAAGCUAAUCUAUACGGACACAUUAAUAUUCAAAUAAUUGAUCCAAUGGACACCACCACCUACUGUAAGUCAUGGUAUCCGAUACUAUUCCCUGUGCGACGAAGUAAAGUACAAAAAAUACUGAAAUUUGAAUUACUGAUUAGUCGAUUAUCGGAUGAUCACAAGGCGUGGUACGAAUGGGAAUUCAUGGGAGUACACUAUAACAAAGAUAGAUGUAGUUAUAUAGAUGCAAGUUAG